AACCAGUCGAGCUAGCUUUGCUCAUAAAAGGGGGCCACUGCGGUCUUCUCGAUCACGCGUCCUCUUCCUCUCCCCCUCUCGUUGUCGCGGCCAUUGCUCCAACCUCGCCAAGAUCGCCCAGAGGCAGCUACCAUGGCAGCUCCGCCAGGUUCCCCGCGGACGCCGCGCAUGGCCGGCCACGAAGAUAGUCAAACGAAGGCUGCAUCGUACAGGCUUAGAAGGCAGAAUUCGGAGAUCCUUCGUGCUCAGUACAUUGACGUUAGAGAGCUCAGGGUGUGUGCAGGAACAUGGAAUGUUGGAACCAAAUGUCCACCCAGUGACUUGGAUAUUCAAGAAUGGUUGGAUAUACAUGACCCGGCUGAUAUUUAUGUUCUUGGAUUUCAAGAAAUUAUUUCACUAGGUGUCGGGUAUAUGAUCGGUACUGAAGACAAUCAUCCAGUUGCAGUAUGGGAGCAUACUAUCCAUGAAACUUUGAAUAAGAAGCGCCCAGAUAAAUCAGAGUUUAAAUGCCAUAGUGACUCUCCUCCAUCAGCAAGGUUUAUUCCACCAGAUUGUGUUAUUGCAAUGGAUAAUGAAUUGCCGUACAGUGCAAAAUUAUCUACUUCAGCUCGCUGUCUUCAGGUGUUGGAUUUAGCCUGUGAUGUUAAUAUUGUUAAUAGAGUUCAAAGGAAAAGGCUGCAGUAUGUACGGUUAAUAAGCAGGCAAAUGGUAGGACUAUUUCUUUCAGUAUGGGUUCGGAGAAGACUGCAGAAGAACAUUCAGAAUUUGAGAGUAUCAAUUGUAGAUGUAGGUAACAAGGGAUCAAUAUCAGUCAGCAUGUCUAUACAUGAGACUCAUUUUUGCUUUGUAUGUUGGCACCUGACCGCUGGUGAAAACAUUGGAGAUGAACUAAAGAGAAAUGCAAAUGCUGAGAAAAUCCUUAGAAAAACAGUGUUUAGCCCAAUUGGUAGAGUAGGCGUGCCCCAAAGAAUACAUGACCACGAUUUCAGAAGGAUUAUUUUGUUAGGGGAUCUCAACUAUCGCCUCAACUUAUCGUACGAAACGACACACGAACUUAUCUCCAAACAGGACUGGGAUGGAUUGUUUGAGAAGGAUCAGCUGAAAAGAGAACUAGGGAAAGGAUGCACAUUUGACGGUUGGAUUGAAGGGUCUAUCAGCUUUGCCCCAACAUAUAAACAUGAGUUUAAUUCAGAAAAAUAUGCAAGUGAUGCUUCUGAAUCUGGGAGAACACCUGCAUGGUGUGACCGCAUUCUCUCAUAUGGGAAGGGAACCAAGCUACUUUCCUGCACGAGGGCGGAGCUUACGCUUUCUGAUCACCGCCCUGUGACCGCAUUCUACAUAACAGAGGUUGAAGUUUUCAUCCAUAGAAAGUUUCAAAGAGCUCUAAAAUUCACAAAUGCAGAGGUUGAGGAUAACCUAUUGAACUGUGAGGCAGGCAAUUUCCUAGCUCAAAUUCCAACCACUGAGCUUUGAGACAGGCAAUGCAAUGACAAUGUUGGAUCGUCUAAGGAGGUUCCAUUGCAUGACAUAUCCAUUAGCCUGUUUAUCACUUCACAGGUUCACAUAUCCAUUUAUAAUCUUUGCUAUUAUUUGACCAAGAACAUCAUGCAAUGUGCUUUUAUAAGGGGAGUGGUUUAAUCUAAAAAAUCAUAAGGGGAGCAGUGACCAUGAAACCAUGAUUAUCGACCCUUGUCAUUUUAUCAAACCAUAGCAUCCUUUUGUAGUAUGAUGUCAUUGGUUCGACCAAAUAGUCAUGAAAGAUUGACCGAAGUCAUUCGCCGGGUCCUUUAUUUACUGUAUAUUGUUUCUCUAUCUUCUAUAUUCUUUGUGAAAUUGUACCGAAAUCCCCAACUAUUUGAGUUCAGUACUUUAUAGCAAAUCUAUUUUUUUUAA